AUGGAGGGUGUUUCUCGUCAAAGCUCACGGCUCCUUCGGCCCAGUGGCCAACUCCCCCGGCGCCUUCCCCGAACCGCGACAUCGUUCGUCCAGACCCAACGCCGAACCCUGUCAAAUUCCCCCUCAACGCUCGCCCCAGAAUCCAUUUUCAAUAACCUCAGAGCUAGUGGUCCCUAUAGCGAUGGCCCUACUAGCUAUUUUUCAAGCCGACAGACCCUGCCCGCAAACACCGUGGUGCGAUUCGUACCCCAACAGACAGCGUGGAUCGUCGAGCGCAUGGGUAAAUUCGACCGCAUCCUGGAUCCCGGUCUGGCGAUCUUGGUGCCUUUCUUGGACCGUAUCGCAUACGUGAAAAGCUUGAAGGAGGCCGCCAUUGAAAUCCCCAGCCAAAACGCUAUUACAGCCGACAACGUCACCCUGGAGUUGGACGGUGUGUUAUACACCCGAGUCUUCGACGCAUACAAAGCAAGCUAUGGAGUCGAAGACGCAGAAUACGCUAUUUCGCAACUUGCACAAACCACCAUGCGUUCAGAGAUUGGUCAGCUCACUCUUGAUCACGUCCUGAAGGAACGCGCCAACCUAAACACAAAUAUCACCAAGGCUAUCAACGAGGCUGCCCAGGAAUGGGGCGUUGUCUGUCUUCGUUACGAGAUCCGUGAUAUCCAUGCGCCGGAGAAGGUCGUUGCUGCUAUGCACCGCCAGGUCACUGCUGAGCGGUCUAAGCGCGCUGAGAUUCUCGAGUCUGAGGGUCAGCGUCAGAGCGCGAUUAACAUCGCCGAAGGUCGCAAGCAGUCUGUUAUCUUGGCUUCUGAGGCGCUGCGCGCUGAGCAAAUCAACCGCGCUUCUGGUGAAGCCGAGGCUAUUCAACUCAGAGCCGAGGCUACUGCCCGUGGUAUCGAUGCUGUUGCUAAGUCUAUCGAAGAGGGCGGCGAGAACGCGCACAAUGCCGUUAGCCUUAGCGUGGCUGAGAAGUACGUCGCGGCUUGGUCGAACCUGGCCCGUGAGGGUACCGCCGUUGUUGUUCCUGGAAAUGUGGGCGAUAUGGGUGGUAUGAUUGCCAAUGCGAUGGCUGUCUACGGCAAGGUUAGCGAGACACAGGCUCGGGGCCUGGCAAAGAAGGCCAUUGGUGCCGAAAGUGCUUCCCAGUCACCCGACGCGCAACCAGUGGACCAAAACAUCUUCGAGCAAGCGGAGACACCUGAUGUCGUGUCACAGACUGUGACCGAGGGAUUUGACGCGGUUCGUCCUCGCAAUGAUUAA